GUCGGCGGGGGCGGAGCCGAGCGGGCGGGGAGGGUGCUGGGUCGCGCCGGGCCUGGGGCCGAGGCGGCGCGCGGCGCUGACAGCUGAGUCGGCUCGCGGCCUCCCGGCCCCCUCGGCGCCCGGCCCGACCCUGGCCUGGCCUGCCCCGGAGCCAUGAGCCCCGGGCUGCUGCUGCUCGGCAGCGCCGUCCUGCUCGCCUUCGGCCUCUGCUGCACCUUCGUGCACCGCGCUCGCAGCCGCUACGAGCACAUCCCCGGGCCGCCGCGGCCCAGUUUCCUUCUAGGACACCUCCCCUGCUUUUGGAAAAAGGAUGAGGUUGGUGGCCGUGUGCUCCAAGAUGUGUUUUUGGAUUGGGCUAAGAAGUAUGGACCUGUUGUGCGGGUCAACGUCUUCCACAAAACCUCAGUCAUCGUCACGAGUCCCGAGUCGGUUAAGAAGUUCCUGAUGUCAACCAAGUACAACAAGGACUCCAAGAUGUACCGUGCGCUCCAGACUGUGUUUGGUGAGAGACUCUUCGGCCAAGGCUUGGUGUCCGAAUGCAACUAUGAGCGUUGGCACAAGCAGCGGAGAGUCAUAGACCUGGCCUUCAGCCGGAGCUCCUUGGUUAGCUUAAUGGAAACAUUCAACGAGAAGGCUGAGCAGCUGGUGGAGAUUCUAGAAGCCAAGGCAGAUGGGCAGACCCCAGUGUCCAUGCAGGACAUGCUGACCUACACCGCCAUGGACAUCCUGGCCAAGGCAGCUUUUGGGAUGGAGACCAGUAUGCUGCUGGGUGCCCAGAAGCCUCUGUCCCAGGCAGUGAAACUUAUGUUGGAGGGAAUCACUGCGUCCCGCAACACUCUGGCAAAGUUCCUGCCAGGGAAGAGGAAGCAGCUCCGGGAGGUCCGGGAGAGCAUUCGCUUCCUGCGCCAGGUGGGCAGGGACUGGGUCCAGCGCCGCCGGGAGGCCCUGAAGAGGGGCGAGGAGGUUCCUGCCGACAUCCUCACACAGAUUCUCAAAGCUGAAGAGGGAGCCCAGGACGAUGAGGGUCUGCUGGACAACUUCGUCACCUUCUUCAUUGCUGGUCACGAGACCUCUGCCAACCACUUGGCAUUCACAGUGAUGGAGCUGUCUCGCCAGCCGGAGAUCGUGGCAAGGCUGCAGGCCGAGGUGGAUGAGGUCAUUGGUUCUAAGAGGUACCUGGAUUUCGAGGAUCUGGGGAGACUGCAAUACCUGUCCCAGGUCCUCAAAGAGUCGCUGAGGCUGUACCCACCAGCAUGGGGCACCUUUCGCCUGCUGGAAGAGGAGACCUUGAUUGAUGGGAGUCUCACCGUAGCCCUGUGAGGGCUUUUUCCCCUCCUCACACUGUCCAGCAGAAGAUUACAGCAGGUCAUUCUGGAAGGGAGGUGCCCCAUUUACAGCUGAGGACACUGAGGUUCAGAGAGGUUAGGUCACUUUCCUGGGGUCACACAGCUGGGGAACAGCAGAUCUGGAAAGUGCCCAGUUUCACAGUUGACCCAAACUUGUCCUGGUUCCUUCUUUCCUCACAUUUUAUAGCCCUUUCUCUCUCAGCUUUCUCCCCAGACCUCCUUUACCUUGUGUCUCUUUGUUUGCUUACUUGUUCAUUUAUCCAUUCAUCUAGGCAUUUAUUCAUGUAUGAUAGCCCCUAAACCCACCCCCAAACCAGGAAACUAGGAUGUAGUCACUCCCUGCUCCCCUGACAAGAAAUCACUAAUCUGAAUUGUGUGUUUCCCGUUCCCGUGUGUGUGUGUGUGUGUGUGUGUGUGUGUGUGUGCCUGUGUGCACUCACGCAGGAAUAUAUUGUAGGACUUGCUUUUUGACUCAGUAUAAAGUUGGUAAGAUUUGUGUAGGUUUCUCCAUGAGGCCAUAGCACAACCACCAUUGCUGAUCAAUUCUCAGGUGACAGGCAUUUGAGAGGUGUCCAGUUUGUCCCUAUCUUGAGCACCACAGCAACGAUGCCAUUUCUGUCCGCAUGUCCAGGAACAGUGUGCAAGCAAGCUCCUUGGGCAUUUACCCAGAAGUGAGAGGGCUGGGUUGUAGGACCUGUGACUGUUCAGCUUUACAAACUAAUGCCACAUUGUUUUCCAAAGUGGCUGCACCAACUUGGACGCCCAGUAGUGGUGAGGGAGAGCACCUGCUGUUCUUCAUUGUCUCCAACACUUAGCAUGGUCCAAUUUUGUAUCUGCUGCCAUCCAAAUAUGUGUUUUUAAAAAAGUAUUUCACCAUG